GUACUCAAUAUACAAAUCACAAACCCAUUUAAUCGUUUUUUUUUCUUUUACAGAAAGGCAUUUAAGAACAUAGAAAAUAAGAUAACCAAUUAUGGCCGAACCACAUGCAAAGUUGGCUAAACAAAAUAAAAUAUGUUACAGCGCAAACGGAACCUCUCGGUUACCAAUAAAAGACUAUAGUAAACAAUUUUUUUUUUUGUCAACAAGACUAUAGUAAACAAAAUACAGCUCAUCCAGCAUUAUCUGUUUGAUUUUUAUAAUCAUCAUUUCACGUUUAGUCCGUGGUUAGAAUACAUAAAUAAAUAAGCCAUUAACAAAUAAUAAAAAAUUGAAAACGAAAAUUAGAAGCAUCUUUCAUCAAUAUAAAGGUUGACUUAUAACAUGGUGAACAAUCAAAACAUCUUACGAUAAAUUUAUCCAAAAUGAUAAGAAGAUUCACAACACAAAUCAUCAAAUCAUCACCGAUGGUGAAGAAAGCAGUACUGAUUGGGAUCAACUACCCAGGAACCGAGGGAGAGUUACGUGGCUGCGUCAAUGACGUCAAGCGAAUGCACAAAUGCCUCGUUGACCGGUUCGGAUUCUCAGAGGAAAACAUCACCGAGCUGAUUGAUACCGACAAAUCCAAGAUCCAACCCACUGGUAAGAACAUACGACAGGCAUUGUCGGAGCUUGUGGGAUCAGCUAACCCUGGAGAUGUUCUCUUCGUACACUACAGUGGACACGGUGUGAGGCUGCCUCUGGAGACUGGUGAAGACGAUGAUACUGGUUUCGAUGAGUGUAUUGUUCCCUGUGAUAUGAACAACAUCACUGAUGAUGAAAUCAGGGAGAUUGUUGAUAAGGUGCCUGAAGACUGCUCUAUUACAAUAGUCUCGGACUCUUGUCAUAGUGGUGGUCUCAUUGACGCAACCAAGGAGCAGAUCGGAGAGAGCACCAAGAAGACGGGGAAAGCUGUAAAGACUGAGGAGAUUGAACAAGAAGAGAGGAGGAACGGAGUCCAUGUGGUAAACAGAUCUCUGUCUCUGGAGAGUAUGAUCAAUAUGCUAAAGCAAGAAUCAGGAAAUGAUGAUAUAGAGGUGGGGAGUAUCAGGAGGUUUCUUCUCCAUGCGUUUGGAGAAGAUGCAUCUCCAAAAGUGCAGGAAACUGAAGGCCUCAAGGCGGCGACGAAGAAACAAGUGGUGAGAAAGAAAGACAAGGGCAUUUUGCUAAGUGGAUGUCAGACUGAUCAGACUUCAGGAGAUGUACGCACCAAGGGACAAGCAUAUGGAGCAUUCAGCGAUGCAAUACAGAUAAUACUUGAUGAGACAAAAGGUAAGAAGAUCACAAACAAAGAACUGGUUUUAGGUGUGAAAGAGCUUCUUGAGUAUGAAUGUUAUCCUCAACAACCGGGGCUAUAUUGCAGCGAUAGUAAUGCUGAUGCUCCAUUCAUAUGCUGAAAAUGAAUUUUCACAUUUAGUUUCUUUGAAGUAUUUUGGAGUUUGUUGCUGAAUGAAGUUUGUGUGCUGUGUUUUUCAUUUAAAAUAAAUAAUUUAUUUUAACAUAAACUCUUUCAUCAGCCAAUUUUUUUUUCAAUCAAUGCAUCUUUCUCUAGCUGCAAUAAGUACCCAAAACACAAGGUGAACAUGUCCGGCUGAGCUGACGCACUGUAGAGCUCAAGACAGUGAGAAGCCACAACAUCUAAAAUAGAGUGUUUAUUCAGGACCAGCCAUGAGAGUUAGGGACCCUAGACGACUUAUUAAAAAUGUCAACUAAAUUUUCUUUUUAUAAAUUUAAGGGUUAAAAUUUUUUUUUAUGAAAACCUAUAUCUAUAUAAUUUUUGAAGUCCUAAGGUCAAUGUUUUAUUUAGCUUUGUACAGGACUAGCCAUGCUGUUGAUGAAAUAGAAACCAUUAAGAAAGCAACCGACUAAUUCCACAAUGAGGCAAGUACCAAGAACUCACACUGUCACACACACAUUUCUAUAAACAAAUUUUAUCAAAAACCAACACUCCACCAAAAAAAAAAGACAAAUCAA